GCCCACCGGGCCGCCCGCACCCCGCGGCCAGCACCGGCCGCAUCGCGUCGCGGCGAGGCGCGGAGCGGAGGGGAGGCGGCCGCGGAAGAUGGUGCCGCCGCCGCCCGCCCCCGCGGUGUCCGGUCCGCUGGCCCUGCUGGACCCCGCAGGACAAUUUGCAAAAAGGAAGAAGACUUCUCUUUGGUUCACAGUCUCUCUGCUGGUAGUGUCUGUUUUCAUACUGACCAUAGGUCUGGCAGCUACCACAAGGACGGAAAAUGUUACCGUGGGAGGCUACUACCCAGGCAUCGUUCUUGGCUUUGGAUCUUUCCUGGGGAUUGUUGGCAUCCACCUGGUAGAGAACAGAAGACAAAUAUUGGUAGCCUCCAUUGUGUUUAUCAGCUUUGGCGUGGUGGCAGCAUUCUGUUGUGCAGUAGUUGAUGGAGUGUUUGCAGCACGACACAUAGAACCCAGACCUUUGUAUAACAAAAGGUGCCAGUUUUAUUCAAGUGGAAUUGGAUUCCUCUAUGAUGCCUACCAGACAGAGGUGACAUGUUAUACCUUAAACAACAAAUGCCAGCUGAAAGUAAAGAGUAACACAUGCUAUUGCUGUGACCUGUACAACUGUGAGAAUUCAGAACAGUCCUCCAGUUACUAUGAAUUUCUCGGCGUGAGCAGCUGUCAGGACGUGGUUCACCUGUAUAGGCUGCUGUGGUCCUCCACAGUUCUCAACAUCAUCGGGUUGUUUCUGGGGAUUAUUACGGCAGCCAUCCUUGGGGCAUUUAAAGACAUGGUACCUCUGUCCCAAAUUGCUUUCAGUGCUGCACCUCCUCCUCAGAUCCUGUACAAUCCUGCCCAGCAGAUCCUGACAUACACUGGGUUCUGUCCUUCUGCAGCAACUAUUUCUACAUAUCCAUCCUACCCAUUACCUCUUCAGCCUGCCAGCAAUUUUCCAGGAACAUCAUCUACUGACAUUUCUUUAUCAGAAGAAACUCAGCCUCCAUCCCAGUCCAGCUCCAGCUAUGGGCUUGCUCCCAAUGCUCCAGCUCUCUACACACCGACUUACUUCUUGCCUGGAGAAAAGCCUCCACCAUAUGCACCAUAGAACAAAGUAUUUAUUUUAGGUAGCUGGUAGGAUUUUAUUUUAAUAACCUCUAAAAACUGUGCUGUGCAGGCACUAGAAUUCCUAAGAAACCCACUGUGGAUGCUGUUAUGGCCACUCUGCUUUUACCCGCAUCUCACUGUGAGCAGAGCAGAACCCUGGCAGUGUAAGGGCAGACAUGUCACCAGUGGCAUGACCAGUCACCACUCAGUUUGCCUGCAGUCAAAUGCAGUGUUGCUUUCCAGCUACAAUAAGCGUGAGAUGUUUCCUUCUCAGUACACUGCAGAAUAAAUUCUCUUCAAGAGGAAAAAAUGAAGAAAACACUCAACACUCUGGAUACGUGUUCUGCUUGCAUAAACCAAUGUAGCGGGGUUUUAGCCUGUGUUGUCUGAGUGGGUAGUCAGGAGCUCUCCAGGUCAGUCAUUUUUGGUAGAAAAAAAGACCAGGUGUUUGUUUGUUUGUAGUAUUUAAUUUAAUAACCCUUUUUGGUGAUAGUGUUGUACCAAUAAAGAAAGUGUGGCAAUUAUUUUACAAUAAAAUUGUCUGUGUAUAUUUAUACUGUACCAAAGACUGUGUACAUUUGUAAGGACAGGAAAACAAAAGAACAGAGGAAAAAGUACCUUACUGAAUAGUUCCCUCUUUCAGGUUUCAAACAGAAAGGUUAAUUUUAUUGGGACUAUUUUGUCUGAACUUUGUGCCAGUCUAGUCUGCGUAGUAAAAUGUCAUGUCAGUGGGCUAAAGAUGCAAUUUCCAGACACCUAUCUUAAGCUGCACUUAAGCAUUCAAAUUAAUUCCUUUCUAGUCAAAAAGAGGACCACGACCAAAACCAAUGUUAAACCCCAGUGAUUUAUUUUUAAAGUGAUCAAGACCCGAUCCAGGCAUUUUGCAAUGACUGAAACAGAAUGGUGAAGGGUCAGAAUUCCUUCAUACUUUUAUUUUAUUUUCUCCUAUUGUAUAAAGACAAAAUUAUGUUGACAAGGCUAAGCAGCAAUACCUGUAGCAGUGCCACUGGCAAGAACAAAGUCUUGUCCCUGUUGUGUGCACCCAUUUAAUUUGAUGCACUGCAUCAAAUUAACUGGGAUCCCCCUUAGCAAAGGGCUGCCGUAUUUCGGGGCAGGAGUGGCUACACCAGCAUGAAUAGCCAUCAGCCUGCUGCAUCCCUUCACAGAAUUUUGCUCCUGCAGGAAGGGUGGUGAUGCUCCUUGCUCUUACAGUCCAGACAGCAAUGAAGCUACAGAAAUUUCCUGAAAGGCCAAAGAGCAAGGCAGGGAAAGGAAGGUAUUUCUCAUUAAUUUUUUGAGCAGCUGCUUCAUAUUAUGAUAAUACUAAAAAAACCUAUAUAAACAAAACCAGCUUACUUGACAGUUUCCUUUAAAAGGAAGUGACACCAUCAGACUAGCUGAAAAUAAAACAAAGAAUGAUCAUCCUUUUUCAUAAUACUUUCCACCUUUCAAGAAAUUUCUGUUUAUUCAUGUGUUGUACCUCUAUGUACAAAAAGGGGAUUCAGUACUAAUAGACAUAAGAUCAGAGGUUAAUUUAUAUGGACCGUAAAAGCCGCAUUUUGUUCAAUUAAAAAGGUUUUUCUGAGAUGCAAAGUCUGGGGCCAGUGA